AUGGCUGCGUCCGCGUUUCCGCAGCAGAUCACGACCGGUCUAAGUGCGCUCGUAGCGUAUUGUUUUCAGCCCUCCCAGCCGUGCGACUUUUCGGAUAAAACCCAAUUUCUAAAAUGCGACAACCCGUCGCGCCGUCUUGUUCCUACAGAAAAAUGCUCGACUGAUGGCCUGUUUCUAAACGCCGCAUUCCCACCGCAAUGGGUCAAGGACGACUUUAUUGAGGCCUGUGGGCUCUGUAACGUCGAGUUUGGGCUGCUCAAGCGCAAACACCAUUGCCGAAGCUGCGGGUUGAUCUUCUGCGGUCACUGUGCGGCGACUUUUGACCGUGUGGUCAAACUUGGGUACAUCGAGCCUGUACGACUGUGCAACGAUUGUACGACCACGAUACAGAGCGAGAACGACUUUUUCGAAAAGUUUCUGCCACUUUUGGAAAUUGGUGAUGUUUUUACAAAGUACGGACUGCUGCGCAAGAGACAGGUGCAUUUGAAAUACGUACGGAGCACGAGCCUUUUCCAGUACCAGCAGUUUAACCCGGUGACGAAAAGCUACAAGGGUGACACUGAAGCGAUUCCACUCGAUAAAAUCACCUCUGUGAGGGAGGUGAGUGUGGGUCCCGACCAUGCAAAGUUGGGGAUCCUCAUUGCAGUUGAUUCGCAAGAGCAUCGAUUUGAUGCAGCAACGGAACAACAGAGACAGCAAUGGAUGGACGCGAUUGUCGGGGCUCGGCGGCUGCGUGAUGCUUUGCUGGUCGCAGAGCGGGAGAAGCGCGCGAAGCAGGUCGAGAAAGAGAACGACGAGAUCCGGGACAUGUCGGAGAAUCUGCUCAUGAUGGAGAAGCGCCGCGCGACGUUCCAGGAAGACCGGAUGCGUCGUCGCGGGGAGAAGCGCGAGCAGCUACGUGCCAAGUACAACCUCGCCAUCGUCGCUUCGUGA